CAACCGGGGAGCACAGAACUUCCCACCAAUUUACACUAAAGACUCUUACGCUAUAAAUACAACUCUCACUCUUUAUAAGAAGAUUUAGUGAUAGGUGCGAGUUUGUAUAAAUAUAAACAAGAUGAAGACUUGUUACAUAUUUCUGUUUACUCUGGUCGCUGUUCCAUCCUUUGGGCAAUUAAGAUCAAAUCGACCCGGAAGAUUUUUAACUUUGCCAGUACCGGAAAAAUGCUCCAGCCGACCAAAAGAAUUUGCAUUCCGUGGACACAACUACUUUUACAGUGGACAUGUCCCAGGUUUAUCCAAUAGAAGGGUCGAUUGGUUGGACGGUAGAAACAUUUGUCGCGAGUAUUGCAUGGAUCUGGUCUCUAUAGAAUCACAAGAAGAAAACAACAUGAUCUUCAGAUUAAUCCAAUCAAAUGAUGUACCAUACAUAUGGACUUCGGGAAGGCUUUGCGAUUUCAAAGGAUGUGAAAAUCGCGCCGAUUUAGAGCCCAAAAGUCUCUACGGCUGGUUUUGGUCAGCAAAUCGAGCCAAAAUUUCACCGACCAAUCAAGUACCAAGCGGAUGGGGUUACAAUCCCUGGUCACAAACGGGUCACAAGAAACAACGUCAGCCAGAUAACGCAGAAUUCGAUAUUAACGGCACAACUGAAUCGUGUCUGUCGGUAUUAAACAACGUAUAUAACGACGGUAUUGCGUGGCACGACGUCGCCUGUUACCACGAAAAGCCGUUUGUAUGCGAAGAUUCUGAAGAAUUACUAAACUAUGUUGCGUCGACGAAUCCUGGGAUACGCCUUUAGUGUUUUCGGGUUUCAUUUCCUUUUUCAUUUCAUUUUUGUUUCCUUCGAUAUGUACCUUCUUACCUAUUACGUAUUUUAUUACAUAUUUAUUACAUACUUUCUUGAUAUUUGUAUUACACGUAGCUAAAUAAAUAAUUCGCAUAA